UAAUGAAGCUAGUUAACAAUAGAUGGCUAGUUAAAUAAGCAAGCUUAUGGUAGUUAAUGUUGGUCGCGUGACUGACACAUACACACAUACAACCCCCUCUAAAUCCUAAUCGCUCUUUAAGUUCUCAGCAGGGGUGUGCUCCUCCUGUCUGUCUCCUGUAUUUUCUUGUCUCUCUCUCUGCCUGUCUUUCUGUAGAUAAAUCUGACAGGUAGACCAGCUGGCAGGUAUUUACAUUAAAGCCCAGCCAGCCCGCCUCCAGCCACCAAGCAGCCAAUCAGAACACACAAGACCUGAAAGCUUAAGGGUGCCAUUCGAGGAGAUGGCCACACCCCCUCUAAGCUGCUCACAAAAGAGAGACAGAAGCAGGGAGACAGACAUAGAAGCAGAGAGACACACAGAAACAGAAAGACAGACAUAGAAACAAAGACAGACAUAUAGAGACGGACAUAUAGAAGAGUAGAGACAGACAGAGAGAGAGAGACAUAUAGCAGCUGAGAGGCAGACAGCACUUUGGAUGGAGAGAUGAAGAGCCUGAAGUAGAGAGACAGACUGAGGUAGAGCCGGAGACAGGCAUGGACAGACAGACAGACAGCUGGUCUCUCCUUGUGGGAGGGUGUCUCUUCUUUCCCGGACUUUUCUUCUUCUUCAAGCGAACGCUCACACAGCUGGGCUGUAACCAUGGAGACGCUACCACUGCAUCGGCCCGGGCCGUGUCGGCGGUCCAGGCCAUCAUGGCGUCUUCGGCUGGCGUCAUCAUCGUCACUUCCUGUGAGGACGUGAUGAGGGACAGGCACUGGCUCUCAGAGUCCUACGUUGUCUUUGCGACGCCCUACUUUGUGUUCGACAUCUACACCAUGUUCCUCUGCUACAGACACAGGCUACAGGUCAAAGGUCACGAGGGAGGGGUCGGGGUGGGGGGCUACCUGCGCCGCGAGCUCCUUCUGGUCCUCCACCACCUCUUCAUGGUGCUGGCCUGCUGCCCCGCCUCUCUGUUCUGCAGGCAGGGGAGGGGGGACUUCUUCCAGGGUCUCCUGUUCCUCGCUGAGCUCAGCACGCCCUUCGUGUGUCUGGGGAAGGUUCUGAUCCAGUUCCAACAGCAGAAGACUCUCCUCCACAAGCUCAACGGAGCGCUGAUGAUCCUCGUCUUCUUCUGCUGUCGCGUGCUGCUCUUCCCCUACAUGUACCUCACCUACAGCAGGUACCUGCGGGUCCCGCUGCUCCGGGUGCCUCUGGAGGUGCCCUGGCCCUGCAACCUGGGGGCCGGCCUCCUGAUGGGCCUGCAGGUCCACUGGUUCCUCCUCAUCUGCAGGGGAGCCCUCCGCCUUCUGCUCCGCCCAGCGACACCCUGACAGCACAGCCUCCACCCAAACACCGCCCGCUACACCCUGACAGCACAGCCUCCACCCAAACACCACCCGCUACACCCUGACAGCACAGCCUCCACCCAAACACCACCCGCUACACCCUGACAGCACAGCCUCCACCCAAACACCACCCGCUACACCCUGACAGCACAGCCUCCACCCAAACACCACCAGCUACACACUUACACCACCACCACCUGCACCCAAAACCCCCCACAUACACCUAACACCUGGAUGUGACCUUAACCUGGGACCCUGACCUUGAACCCCUGACCCUGACCUUCACCCCUGACCCUAACCUGGGACCAUGGUCAUGUCAGGGUGUCUCUGGCCCCCGAUGGUCAGACACUGAGGUGGACUUGGACCUUUGACCUCAAGGGAUAGAGCUGGGGUUCAAAAAGAUGAAUUAUUAUAAGAUGUUAUUUUAUAAGAGGGAAUUCAUGCAGAUGUCUUCUUGUUUACCUACUGGGCCCACUGUUCUGUUCCAGAGGGGAAGUGGUUUAUUGUUUAGUAUAAAACCAAACAUUAUACCACAGCAUCGUUUAGUAGUAGCAUUCUUGCUAACUGCUGUACAGCUGGAAUAAACCAAAGGAAAUGUGACAAUGUGA